CCUUAGGUAGGUUACAUUAUUAUUACUGAAUGUUGAUGUACUAUUGAUAUGUCUGAUUUUAUGACUGAUCAUUAGGAAAAAGACUCAUUUUUAUUAUUAUUGUGAAGCUAUGAAAUAUUGAGAUUUGAAUAAUAAUAAUUGAAUAAUUAUGGCGGUGCCUCCUACAGAGAUCAACCCUGAGCAGAUAAAAACGUUCAAAGAAUUUUUAUCCUCAUACAACAAACUGUCGGAGAUUUGCUUUUUGGACUGCGUCAAUGAUUUUACAUCACGGACCAUCAAACCGUAUGAGGUAAUUAUCAUUUUUUGGCUGUUCGGUCGCUUUCAAUCAUACUAUUCUGGCUGGUUCAAUCUGCCAGAUAUGUUUUGUGUCUACAAAUCUACUUGUGAAGAUAAGUGCUCGACGAAUUGCACUGAAAAAUAUCUGAAAAUGAAUCAGAGGAUAUCCCAGAGAUUCCAGGAGUUCCAGAUUAUAUCUAACGAUAAUCUAGCAGCAGCUCAGAAGUUAGGGAACAAAUAAGCACUAACUUAGGGGUUUAGUCACUAGAAUUAUCCAUUUCAAUGUAUAUCACAAGUUUUGUUUAUUAAAUGUAAAAAACCUUAAUAAAGUUUGAAUAAAAAGAACAAAGAAUUUCUUAAAACUUUAA